CCAUCGUCUAGUCCCACCAGUCUUCCUUUUUUUUGCCUCCAUCUCCUCCGGCGAUGGCCGCCGGUCUCCUGCUGGUCGUCGCCGCCGCGGCCCCGCAUCGCCGGAAAUGCCGCCCGCGCCUGCUCCUCUGCGGCUCGGCUCCGAGGCCCUACCACAGCUGCCGCGUCUCCCUGCGACCGUGGCCGUGCGCGGCCAGGUUCGCCGCGUCAGCCUCCGGCGGUGGCGGGGGCGGGUCGGAGGCGCCGUCGGAGGGAGAGGUAGGCGGAUGCGGCGCGGAGCGGACCGUCGAGGAGCUACAGAGACACGCCUCCGACGCCGACGAGUCAGAGAAGGUGGAGACUAGACUUAUCUCCUAGACUUGAGAUAAGGACAUGCAGGGAGACCAGACUAGCAGUGAAGUCAGGUCAUAAGAUGCUUCCGUGUUCCCCAGCUAGCUUAAUUUACCAUGUGAGGUCAUACAAUGCUUGGAUUGCUCAUAAUGCCGGCCCUUUGCUACCUUGUGAUCAUCAACAACACCAGGGGCACAGCUGCGUGCAUUGUCGUGGAGAGGAAUGCGCUGGCUUCAUUCAACGCCAGCAUCAUUGACGAUCCUGGUGGGAGGUUACGCUCAUGGCAAGGAUAAAACUGCUGCAGCUAGGCCGGUGUGAGCUGCAGCAAGAAGACCGGCCAUGUCGCCAAGCUGGACCUUGGUAGUUACUCCCUCAAAGGCGAGAUCAGUCCAUCUUUGGCCGGUUUGACCAGAUUGAUGCACCUCAACCUAAGCCAUGGGGAUUUUCGUGCCGUGCCCAUCCCAGAAUUCAUAGGCUCUUUCAAGAUGUUGAGGUAUCUUGAUCUGUCGCAUGCCGGUUACGGCGGAACAACUCCUCCUCAACUCGGUAAUUUGUCCAGACUCAGCUAUCUUCAUCUGGGCUCAUUCAGAGUUCCUGGGAUCAGUCUGGAUAAUUUCAUGUACAUGCACAGUCACACUGACACAGUGACACUACAGAACCAAAUUAGGAUGAAGACAGGGGAUUGGAUCGAACCAAGCUGCACACUACUUCUGAAAAAUUCUUAUUAUGACAACCAUGGCCACAUUACAUUGUUCCAGAAAUGGCCACUUACAGAAGGUGGGGAAGGAAGCUUAUCAUAUUUCAAAUUUGGGGGUGUGCUUGCAGGUGGCGAAGGAACAGGCUGAACAGAGGGCGACGACGAAGCAGAUGUUCGAUUUGGGCAAAGGGCGUACUGGAAAGUGGUGUAUAGCCACUCCAUAUAAUUCUUGGAGGCGGCACUCUUCCUCGCGAUUUGUGGUAGAAUUUUGAGAAUUGUGGGUCUCCUCAGCACCAUCAGUCUAACCAGUUAUUUUAAUUUGAAACGAUGAGACCGCUGGCUGGUCAGCACAAACUGCAAGCAGACAAGACAGGUAUACGAGACCAGACUUGAGAUAAGGACAUGCAGGGAGACCAGACAAGGAGAGAAGACAAAUCUUGAUCUGCAAUACAAUGGGAGGAUAUACGAUGCUUGAGAUGCCAUGGGAGGUCUGUAUUACCUGGCCAGCUUAGUUUAGCUUCACAGUUUACUCCACAGCCAUGGGAGGUCAUACCAUGCUCAGAUUGCUCACGGGGUUGGCCCUAUGGUGCCUCGUGAUCAACUUCACCAGGGGCAAAGCUGCGUGCAUCGGCGUGGAGAGGGAUGCACUGGCUGCCUUCAACGCCAGCAUCACUGAUGCUGGUGGGAGGUUACGCUCAUGGCAAGGAGAAAACUGCUGCAACUGGGGCGGUGUGAGCUGCAGCAAGAAGACCGGCCAUGUCGUCAAGCUGGACCUUGGUGGUUACUCCCUCAAAGGCGAGAUCAGUCCAUCUUUGGCUGCUUUGACCAGAUUGGUGCACCUCAACCUGAGCCAUGGUGACUUUGGUGCGGUGCCCAUCCCGGAAUUCAUAGGCUCCUUCAAGAUGUUGAGGUAUCUUGAUCUGUCGCAUGCCAGUUUUGGCGGAAUAGCUCCUCCUCAACUCGGUAAUUUGUCGAGACUCGUCUAUCUUGAUCUGGGUUCGUUUGGAGGUCCUGGGAUCACUGUCAAUAACUUCCGUUGGGUUUCCAAGCUGACAUCCCUGAGGUAUCUCGACCUCAGUUGGUUGUAUCUUGCCGCUUCUGUGGAUUGGCUGCAGGCAGUGAACAUGCUACCAUCACUCCAAGUGCUUCGCCUGAAUGAUGCUAGUCUUCCUGCCACCGACCUCACUUCUCUUUCUCAAGUCAACUUCACUUCCCUUACGCUGCUUAAUCUGAAGAAUAACGAUCUGAAUUCCUCCAUGCCGAAUUGGAUUGACAAGCUAUCUGCCCUCUCAGAGUUGGACAUGACUAGUUGUGGGCUUUCGGGCAUGAUUCCUGAUGACCUUGGCAAACUGACUUCACUUAUGUUCAUAGGGCUUGGGGACAACAAGUUGACUGGAGCAAUACCAACAUCAGCUAGUAGGUUGUGCAACUUGGUUCAAAUCAGUUUGUCCGGGAACAUCUUGUCAGGAGAUAUUGCAGAAGCAGCCAAGAGCCUGUUUCCCUGUAUGAAGCGGUUGCAGAUCCUUGAACUUUCUGGUAACAAGUUAACCGGAAACCUAUCUGGUUGGCUUGAGGUCAUGUCAGGUUUAAGAAUCCUUGAUCUCAGUGCGAACUCACUGUCUGGAGUUGUGCCACAUGGUAUUGGUAACCUAUCAAACCUGACAUACUUGGAUAUUUCCUUCAAUAGAUUUAAAGGCACACUAUCGGAACUCCACUUUGCCAAUUUGUCAAGAUUGGAUACUUUAGAUCUAGCAUCAAAUUCAUUCGAGAUUGUAGUCAAACAAAGCUGGAUGCCACCUUUUCAGCUCAUAAAUCUCGGACUGCAUGACUGCCUUGUAGGACCAGAGUUUCCAACUUGGCUGCAAUCACAAACUAUAAUCGAGAUGACCGAUCUAGGCAGUGCAGGCAUCAGGGGUCCAUUACCUGACUGGAUCUGGAACUUCUCUUUGUCAAUGACUAGUUUAAAUGUCUCAACAAACAACAUAACUGGUAUGUUGCCUGCAAGCUUGGAGCAAUUGACAAUGCUAACAACUCUAAGCAUGAGGAAUAAUAAGCUUCAAGGUAACAUUCCAGAUUUGCCGCUUAGCAUCCGAGUGUUGGACCUAUCCUGCAACAACUUAUCAGGACCAUUGCCACAUAGCUUUCGAGACAAAGAAUUGCAUUACCUAUCACUGUCAAAAAAUUCCAUUAGUGGAGUAAUCCCAACAGAUUUAUGCAACAUGAUAUCAUUGGAACUGAUUGACCUAUCUGAUAACAACCUUUCAGGAGAGCUUCCCAAUUGUUGGCAAAAGAAAUCGGAGCUGUAUGCCGUAGACUUUUCAAGCAAUAACUUGUGGGGAGAAAUACCAUCUACCAUGGGUUCUCUAAAUUCCCUCAUGUCACUGCAUCUUAGCAAGAACAGGUUGUCAGGAGUAUUGCCCACCUCAUUGCAGUCAUGUCAAAUGUUGAUGUUCCUUGAUCUUGCAGAAAAUAAUUUGUCAGGAAACAUACCAAAAUGGAUAGGUGACAGCCUAAAAUCUCUGAUACUUGUGAGGUUGGGGUCCAAUCAGUUUUCUGGUGGAAUACCUGAAGAACUGUCCCAACUUCCUGCUCUGCAUUAUUUGGAUCUUUCGAACAACAAACUAUCUGGCCCUGUACCACAUUUUUGGGGAAAUUUAACAGCCUUGCACCUGGUCAAUCAAGACCAAGACAGAAGAACAUCGCCUUUCCUUCAGUACAAGGUUUAUGGUCUUGGGGGUGCUUACUUUUUCGUAUACACAGAUACCUUGGAGGUAAUGACGAAAGGUCAUAAUUUUCUUUAUGAGGAAGAAAUGUACGUGAUGAAGGGCAUUGACCUCUCAGCAAACCUAUUAAGUGGUGAGAUUCCAAACGAAAUAGGAUUUUUAUCUUCACUGAUUAACUUGAAUCUGUCAAGGAACCACAUUGGAGGAAGUAUCCCUGCUGAACUUGGGAAUUUGGUGGAUUUAGAGUCACUCGAUCUCUCAUGGAAUGAUCUAUCGGGUCCAAUUCCUGACAGCUUUGCGUCGCUAACUUCUUUGGGCUUCCUGAAUUUGUCCUACAAUGAUCUCUCAGGGGAGAUACCGUCAGGAAAUCAAUUGCAAACUUUCGAUUUGGACUCGUUCUUGGGAAACCAAAAUCUAUGCGGGCCUCCACUUGACAGAAUCUGUGUGCCAGAGAGUAACAAACACCGGCACCGUAAACUUCAACUCAGAUUUGGCACGCUGACUUGUCUAUUUACUCUGCUCGGGUUUGCAUUUGGAAUCUCCAUGGUUUUCACAACCUUCAUAUGCAGCGUGGUCGCGAGGAAGGCUUACUUUCGGUUCACCGACAGGGUACUCAGCAAGCUGUGCACUGCUAUUAAGAUGAAGGUUAGCAUCAACAGGAUGAUCCCAGCAGGAAGAGGCCCCUCCAUGGCAACACAGAGUCAGGACUCCAUCACUUGCUACGAUCUGGAACACUCUUCAACGGCUAUUGUGUAAAGCGCCUUAGCUUGUAAUAUGAAUGGACAGUCUGAACUACUCAUAUGCUAUUUUCUUGUAAGAAUAAUAACCAGCUGAAUUCUCUCUCUUGCCCCGCUGGAUAUUAUUGUACGACCCACUUGAAACUCAUUUUAUAAUUCAUACGUACACAUGAAGCAUGUAUAAUUUUUCAA